GAAUUCCUGAGCCCUCCAGUAUCCCAGCAUUCAACGGGCGCCUUGCAGCGUAUUGUUGACAAAGAAAAAAGGAAACGGGGUGGGAUUUGAAAUAAAUAUCGUUAAACGGUAAACGGAUGAGAGAGGUGUACGUCAUGCUGCCAAAGAGCUGAAGUGGCUGCAUUUAGAACUGGAUCUCUGCACCGAUACAGCCCAGAGAGGGAAAACGAUCCAGGGAGGAGGAAGUGAGCUCCGCUUGAGCCAAUGCAGCAGCAGAGCCGGCAGCCUGACCUAGUGGAGGGAAGCCUUCCAGUGUUUGUGUUCCCCACUGAGCUGGUUUUCUAUGCAGAUGAGCAGGCUUCACAUAAGCAGGUGCUCACCCUCUACAACCCUUACGAGUUUGCUCUUAAAUUCAAAGUUCUGUGCACGGCGCCAAAUAAGUAUGCUGUGGUUGACGCAACUGGUGCCGUUAAACCGCAAUGUUGUGUGGACAUCGUGAUCCGCCACAGGGAUGUGCGGGCCUGCCAUUAUGGGGUGAUCGAUAAGUUCCGUCUGCAGGUGUCUGAGCAGAGUCAGAGGAAGGCACUGGGCAGGAAGGAAGUCAUGGCCACUCUGCUGCCCUCUGCUGCUCAGGAGCAGCCCCAGGCCCGGCCCCAGGAAGAAGAGCGCAGGAUGAAGGAGCAGCUUGCCGACAGAGUGUUUUUCGAGCAGACUGCAUUCCAGACAGAGAGCCGUACUGCAUCUGGGGGCCCCAGCCUCCUCACUGUCCUUUUAGGUCUGGUGUGUAUGGCGGCCCUUAUGCUCCCAACUCUGGGAGAGCAGGAAUCCACAGUGCCUGUCUACCUCCACUUAAGUGUUAACAAAAAACUUGUAGCUGCUUACGUUUUAGGUCUUCUUACAAUGGUUAUUCUACGCACUUGAAGUGCUCUUGAAAUCCUUGUCAAAAGCAAAUGUUGACGUGAUGAAAGAUGGACAUUCAACACAGCCAGGAGGGUUGUGAGGAUGGGGAAUCAUGUCCGUGAAACUCCUGAACAGGAACUAACUUCUUAAAUGAUACAAAACUUACAGGCAAAGUGAAGAUGCAAAGAUCUAAUGGGGGGAGGGCAGUGAUCUUCUGUUUACAGGCUGAACAAUGACUGAGCUUGCAAAUGGGCCAAGCUGACUAUCAUGUUAAGUGGAAUGGGGGAUUGACCAUGAGUAUAUUAAAUUAAAUGUGGUGUUGUACUCCAUA